AUGGCGCCCUUCCACGCUGGCUGGAAGGCCAUCGACGCGGUGUCCAUGGAGGUCGACGGCGCCAAGGCUGUGGCGCUGCUCAAGCUGCUCCACAGCUAUCCGAAGCUCGCCGCCGCGGUCGUCAUCCACGAGCGCAAUCGCAUGAAGGUGGUGAACAAGAAGAAGACCGACAGCGAGAGGAGGCUCCUCAGGGCCAAGGCCGUUGCCAAGGUAAAGGCGGAGGAGGCGAAGGCCCUUAUAGGACCAAG